AUGCCACCCAAUAGCAACAAAGCUUCGGAAGUGCUUUACGAGCCAGAACCGGAAAUCCUGGAAGAUACUCCUCCUAAGCAUCUCGACCUCCAGCUGAAAACUCCCAAGGACUACAAACUGAAAUGGGUGUGGCGCAAUAUAAUCCUUUUUGUAAUUCUUCAUAUAUCCGCGAUGUACGGUGUCUGGCUGUGUUUUACUGAGGCCUCGUGGAAAACUCUUUUCUGCUUUCCAGUGUCGAUCGUAAUAGCGAUCUUCGGGAUCUCUGGUGGAGCCCAUCGUCUGUGGUCGCACCGGGCCUUUAAGGCAAAUCUUCCACUGCAGCUUAUCCUGCUGUUCUGCAACACAUUCGCCUUCCAAGAUUCGGUCUAUACUUGGGUCCGGGAUCAUCGCGUGCACCACAAGUUUGCGGAAACAGACGCGGAUCCGUACAAUGCGAAGCGCGGCUGGUUCUUUUCCCACAUUGGAUGGCUGUGCUGCAAAAAGCACCCGGAUGUGAUAGCUAAGGGCAAGGAGAUAGAUCUUUCCGACCUGAAACGGGAUUCCCUCAUCAUGUUCCAACAUAAGUACUAUCUUAUUUUGAUGCCGUUGAUAUGUUUCAUCCUGCCCACUUUAAUACCAAUGUAUUUUUGGGGAGAGUCCCUAAACGUCUCCUGGCAUGUGAUGUCCAUAUUCCGGUGGUGCCUGUCCGUGAACAUAGUCUGGCUGGUGAACAGCUCGGCGCACAAAUUCGGAAUGAGGCCCUACGACAAGAACAUAGGACCUACGAAUGAAAGUAUCCUGAUGUGGAUGCGCCUCGGAGAGGGCUACCAUAACUACCACCACACUUUCCCGUGGGAUUACAAAGCCUCUGAGCUGGGGCCCUAUUCCCGGGAAGUAAUCACAUGGAUGAUCGACUGCUUCGCUAAACUCGGCUGGGCAUACGAUUUGAAGACAGUGUCGGACGAUUUAGUUAGAAAGCGAGUGCAGCGUACGGGCGACGGAUCCCAUCCUGUGUGGGGAUGGGGAGACAAGGAUCAGAAAAUGGACGAUAUAGUUGGAACAAAGCUGACUAACUAA